CACUGGCAUCAAUGGGGACCUACCAGUCUGUCCUCUUAGUAACGCAUCUGAUGCUAUUAUUGUUUACCUCAUCAUCGGCGGUGAAACAUAACAACAUUACCGACCUCUCGGCCCUCUUGGCCAUCAGAGCCCAGGUCAUCGAACGUGAUCCAGGCAGCAUUCUAUCCGCCAACUGGACCACCGAUGCCUCCUUUUGCACCUGGAUGGGCGUCUCCUGCAGCCGUCGAAGGCAAAGAGUCACUGCUCUCAACAUUAGCAACAUGCCGCUCUACGGCACCAUCCCUCCUCACAUCGGCAACCUCUCAUUUCUGUCUCUGCUCUGGCUUUCCAAUGAUGGCUUAGUUGGAACCAUUCCUGAAUCUCUGGCUCAGCUGCCUCGACUGAAAUAUCUCGGACUUGAUAGUAAUCAGCUUUCAGGUUCAGUACCUCCUGCCUUUUUCAACAUGUCGUCGCUUCUUGAAUUGCAUCAUGGGAAAAACAGUAUUUCAGGGACCCUGCCCUCUAAUGAUAGCAACUUCCAUCCGUUGUUCCCUCCUGUUACGUCUAUGUCUUGGAACCAACUCACUGGCAGCAUCCCGUCUAGCCUUUGCGGUAGUCGUACUCUUCAAAUCCUGAGCUUGAGUUACAACCAGCUAACCGGGAACAUCCCGCCCGAGAUUGGAAAUCUGAAGCAGCUUAAUAUACUGUAUCUUGGAGGUAACAAUCUGACGGGUACCAUACCAUCCUCUUUAGGUAACCUGACUAACCUGUCUAAAUUAAGCCUUGGCGGCAGCAGUUUCCAUGGGAAUAUUCCUGAGGAGUUGGGUCGUCUUACGAACCUCGUCGGAUUGCAGAUUAUGGCGUGUGGUGGUAUAACUGGUCCCAUACCAAUUUCCCUUUCAAAUUUGUCAUCACUCACACACCUUGCACUGAACGAUAAUAGUCUCACCGGACCAGUGCACUUGCAGUUUGGGAACACGCCUAACCUUUCAUACUUGGAUCUACGAGGAAACAAACUAACAGGAGGAGCUGACUUCCUUGCAUCGCUUUCAAACUGCAGAGGUUUAGAGUUUGUGGCUGUUACUGGAAAUGAGCUGGAUGGCAUUCUUCCACGUACUGUUGGUAAUCUUUCAAGGACUCUAACAUUGCUUGAUGUUGAGGAUAAUCAUUUUAAGGGGAAAAUUCCUGUUGAGCUGGGUAACCUGUCUGGAUUGACAAAAUUAUUACUGGGCAAUAAUGAGCUAGUUGGAACAAUACCGUUUGAAAUCACAACGCUACAAGGCCUGCAGUACCUAAGUUUGCAUAGUAACGAAAACAGUCUUUCUGGAUCCAUACCUGACUCACUGGAUAACAUCACCGAACUAGAGAGCUUAAUCCUUGCUGCUAACAGGUUAUCUUCAGCAAUUCCUGAAACUAUUGGGAGUCUGACUACUCUACAACUCUUAAAUCUUUCACAAAACCUUCUCACUGGAUCGCUGCCAUUGACAUUGUGGAACAUGGAUUUAUAUUCAUUGGACAUAUCAGUAAAUCAGCUGUCGGGUAACCUUCCAAGUCCUCCAAAGUAUCUCGAAAUAAAUUAUUUAGAUCUGUCAAAUAACUCAUUCGACGGGCACAUUCCUGAAUCAUUUGGUAAUCUUAUUAACCUUGAUGUCCUAAAUCUUUCUUGCAAUAAGCUCUCAGGUGUUAUACCCGAGUCCUUAGUCAAAAUUCGACAUCUCAAUGUCCUGAACUUAUCUUUCAACAAGUUGGAAGGAAAGAUUCCAAAUGGCGGUGCCUUUUUAAACGUCAGUGCCGUGUCUUUAGAAGGAAAUUCAGCACUAUGUGGAGCACCCAUAUUAGGAUUUCCAUCUUGUAAUCCAUUUGAUUCAACACAUUCUAACUCAGGGAGGCAUUUGCUAAGGUAUAUCCUCCCUGUUAUUGCUUCUUCCGGAGUCCUUCUUCUUGGUUUUUGCAUCUUAUUAAGAUUUUGUAGAAGGAGAGCCAAGAAUCUAGCCCCUCCUAGCAUGCUCUCUCCUACUUACCAUAGAUUGAUCUCAUACUACGAGCUUGUUCGUGCCACUGACAACUUCAGCGAGAUAAACUUGCUGGGAAUGGGUGCAUUUGGUUCUGUGUACAGAGGGCUUUUAGAUGAUGGUCUUGUUGUUGCCAUCAAGGUCUUGAAGUUGAAAAUUGAAGGAGCUUUGAGGAGUUUUGAUGCUGAGUGUCGUGCUUUAAGAAUGGUUCGACACAGAAAUCUUGUUAGAAUCAUCAGUGCGUGCUCCAACUUGGAUUUCAAGGCACUCGUCCUCCAAUUCAUGCCUAAUGGUAGCCUAGAAAGAUGGCUCUACUCCCAUAAUUACUGCUUGGACCUACUCCAAAGGAUUAAUAUAGUAAUCAAUGUAGCCUCAGCUCUAGACUAUCUUCAUCACCACCAUUCUGAGGUCAUACUACAUUGUGAUCUGAAACCGAGCAACAUUCUUCUUGAUGAAGAAAUGGUUGCACACGUCAGUGACUUUGGCAUUGCAAAACUACUGAGUGGUGUCAGCCGGAGUGUAACUUCAGCAAGCACGGCAGGGACAAUUAGCUAUAUUGCUCCAGAGUAUGCAUCAACAGGAAGAGUCUCUACAAAGGGAGAUGUCUAUAGCUUUGGAAUAUUGUUGCUAGAAAUCUUUACGAGAAAGAAGCCUACUGUGUUAGAUCUACAUCAUAAAACUUGA